CCACCCCAGGAAUCAGCGGCUCGUGCGUGCGUGGGUGGGAGUGAGUGAGUGAGUGAGUGUGAGAGGGUGAGAGAGUGUGUUGAUUACGUUGUGUCUCUGCAGCCACAAAAAAGGAGCUGGAGGUUUAGCCGGUUCGGUCAUGGCGACCUCCGCUCUGAUCUCGUUGUCUUGACCGUUGCUCGGCGCUUUCAUUGUGGACUCGCGAGCUUGUUGUGUGCGAGCUUUUGCCAUGUCCAAGUCAGAGAACAAGCGUUCCCUGCGAUUCGAGAGGACUCCAGACCAUUUAUGUUUAUCAGAUUUUAAGCUGCGCUCCUGGAGCAAUUCAGUAGUAUAUCCUCUUGAGAUAAAUUUCAUUGCGUAAAUUGCUUGGAGUCUAGUGUUGGAUGAAUCGCUGACGCCAUGUACAUCAUUCUGCCAUUGGGCAGUCUACAGCUUCACUUAAAUUCGUGUACGCAUCAAUGCAUCGAUUUUGAAGUAGAAAUGGAAGUCGAGAGCAUGUCCUGUCUUUGCGCAGCGUUAGCCUGGAUAUGGAUCUUCGUCGUCUUCUUCGCCCAAAGAUGAAUCUCCUGACAAUAGAAACAUGGAAACUGAUAAAGUAGAGGGACCACAAGACUCUUCGGAAGUUGGAAAAGAAGGUGAGGCUUCAACGGCUGAGGAGGAACGGCUCGCGGCGGAGAAAAGUAGAAGACUGCGGGAGGAUUUGGCACAAAAAGCGAUGGAGGAUGCCAGAAAUAAGAAAGAAGCAGAAACCUUGUUCCAGAUGAGUCAGCGAGCCUAUGGUCGUGGUGGGUAUGAUAGGAGUGUGGAAAUGCUGGAAGCUGCUCUUACAAAAGUUUCAGGCUCGUCUAACCUUGGUGAUGAGGUCAGAGUAGGCUUGCAAAUGAAUUUAGGCUACGACUGCCAUGAUAAUGCAGUUAAGAGGUUAACCAUAAGGUGGCUUGAUUUCCUUUAAGUGGUGAUCGCAUCUUAUCGUUUUAUGCCUUAAUGGGUUAUUCUAUCAACGUUUUUGAUCUGGAGCCCAGUGUAGGGUUGGAUGUAGUGUUUAAAAAUUCCACCAGAAAUUCCGUCAGUUUGUAUUGACCUUGCUUUGAUAAAAGAAGAUAUUUCCUCUCCAGUUAUGUUUCAUCGGUUAUAUGAUGCCUACAUGUGGAGACGGUCUUUCUCAGGUA